AUUCUCUCUCACCGUUUAGCUGUCGUUCUUUGCGUAACAUCCACUCCAACAACAACACUCGAUUUCAGACAACAUCAUGUCUUCUUCAGAUAGAGCUGAUAAACUCAAUCUUCAACAUUUUGAUGAAAAGAAACUUCAACAGAUGUACCUAUGUCAUAAGUUGUAUUUGAAAAAACGAUUGCUCCAGAAAAAAAAGAUCAGGAAAUUUUAUAGCUACGAAGAAUUUUGUAAACAGUUGGUAGAAGUGUGUAAUCUUCGAGCAAAAUACGGACUUGAUCCACCAAAGGAACCUGCCAAGGAGCUCAUUCAAAGUGCUCCAGUCAAUACUGGUGUUGAUGCAAGAAAAAGUUACCAUGCAUCUGUUUACAGAGCCUCUCUCCAAAAUGAUGCAUCCAGGAGGAGUAAUAAACACAGUAAGGUGUCGGGAAUAGCGAAGGGAAAGGGUGAAGCUGGCGAGGGUGGUUCCAGACAACAUUGUGUGCAAGAGGUUACCAGUUCUACGAUCAACGACAGGCUCUCCGUGGAGGUGGAAGUGUGUAAUCUUCGAGCAAAAUACAGACUUGAUCCACUAAAGGAACCUGCCAAGGAGCUCAUUCAAAGUGCUCCAGUCAAUACUGGUGUCGAUUCAAGAAAAAGCUACCAUGCAUCUGUUUACAGGGCCUCUCUCCAAUCAUCUGCAUCCAGGAGGAGUAAUAAACAUAGUAAGGUGUCGGGAAAAGCGAAGGGAAAGGGUGUAGCUGGCGAGGGGGUUUCCAGACAACGUUGUGUGCAAGAGGUUACCAGGUCUACGAUCAACGACAGGCUCUCCGUGGAGAAAGGAAAGAAUAAACUUUGGCAGAACGAAGAUAGGUUAAUUCGUCCGACCCAAGGUGUGGUGAUCAAUGAGGGCAUGGAAGGCAAACGCAAGAGAGGAGGUCAUCGCGAAGUUGAUGCCGGAGGUAACGGGAAACUAAAGGGUAAGGCUAUAGGUUCUUCGGAAGCCCCCGAUGCUCAAAGCGUCGACUAUGAAUUCACAAGUAUAUCAUCCAACAACAAUAGGUAA